CGAUGAAAAGAACUUACCAACCUUCAAAAAGAAAAAGAAGAAAUAAACACGGGUUUAGAGAUCGUAUGGACUCUAAAGAUGGAAGAAAUGUUUUAGCCAGAAGAAGAAGCAAAGGAAGAAAACGUUUAACUGGAGAAUUUGCUUAUCUUAUUGGAAAAACAGGAAGUGGAAAAAGUAGUUUACUAAAAGUUCUUUAUGGCGAUUUACCUUUACAUAGUGGAGAAGGCGAAGUGGUUGGAUACAAUUUAAGUAACAUUAAAGUGGGAUUAAUUCCAGCAUUGAGAAGAAAAUUGGGUAUUGUAUUUCAAGAUUUUCAAUUACUCACAGAUAGAGACAUUUAUAAAAAUUUAUAUUUUGUAUUAAAGGCUACAGGAUGGAAUAAAAAAGAUGAAAUAGACGCUAGAAUAGAUGAAGUAUUGAACAGUGUGGGAAUGAUAGAGAAAAAAUUUAGUAUGCCACACCGUUUAUCUGGUGGAGAACAGCAGAGAAUUGUAAUUGCCAGAGCAUUGCUUAAUCAUCCAGAAUUGAUUCUUGCCGAUGAGCCAACAGGAAAUUUGGAUCCAGAAACUUCAACAGAAAUUAUGGAACUGAUAUUAAAAAUAUCUAAAGAAAGAAAUUGUGCAGUUUUCAUGGCCACACAUGAUCAUAGCAUCAUAAAACAAUAUCCAGCUAAAACUUAUAAA